AUGGGCUGGCUAGGUGGCAUUUUUGGCUGGGGCAGCAACGACGAUGACCCUCUGCGCAAGCUUGACCCCAAGCUCCGCGAGUUUCUCGAGAAGGAAUCGCCCGUGAAAUAUCGGACCAGCAGCCAGGAUGACUCGGUAGCAAAACCAAUCUCGAACGCGACGGCAGCAGCGCCGGUAGCACCAUCAGCGGCAGAGAGCGAGACACGGAGCACCGAAUCAACACCCGCGCUGCCGACAGAGAGCCUCUACCAAGACGGGCGUUAUGCGCAUCUCUGGAAGACCUACAAGCCACUCGCGGCCGUCGAGGCCGAAACUAAGAGCGAUCAUGAGAAACUCAUGGACGUGCUGGAUGCGUACAAGGACCGCAAGUCGCAGAUUGGGCGGGCAGCGCUGGAGAACUGCGCGCUGGAGCAACUUGACUGGAGCAAUUGCAUGAAGAGCGGCACGUGGACAUCGCGAAUGACGAUGUGCAGCGCCGAGGUGAAAAAGUUCGAGCGGUGUUAUAUGAUGCAGUCGCGUCUACUGAAAGCCCUGGGCUACCUGUCUGCAUAUGACAGACCGGCGCAUGUGGAUGAAGAUAUUCAAAUGCAUGCUGACAAAUUAUAUCACCGCAUGCUGGAACAAGAGGCAGCUAUUGAGGCCGCAAAGAAAGAAGGCAAGCCAAUACCGAAGCUUGAGCCAGUGUUCACUGCGCCAACUGCUGCCGAGGACGCCAAGAUACCAGCUCUUUCAGAGGAGGCCCGGAGGAAAUGGAAAGAGCAGCUGGAGAAAUUGCCAGAAGAAGAUCGAGCAGCAGAGGAAGAGGCUUUGAAGGCCGAGCUCAGGGCGAAGGCACAGAUGGUUUCGAAGAUCCAAGGUCUCUGGCAGGAACAGGCGGAAGAGCGAAAAGCGCGAAAGGAGCAGGGCAAAGAAACGGUCACAGACAAGAUCUCCUCGUUACUCUCUGGAAAAUAG